CAGGUGCUCCUGGACCUCCACGGCGCGCCCGGCGGCGAGAGCGCGGACGCCCCCUGCGGGCGGCACCAGCCCCCCGGCCCAGGCGGCUGGAGCUGGCGGAGCUGGCGCUUCGGGGAGUCGCUGCGCGCCCUGCAGGUGCUGGCGAAGCGCUACCGCUCCAGCUCGGCUGUGACCGGCAUCGAGGUGUGCAACGAGCCGUCGAACAGCGUCCCGGCCGACGUGCUGUGCCGGUUUUACUCGCGAGCCGUUCAGGUCGUCCGGAAGGCCGGCAUGCCCGCGGACCGCGUCACCGUGGUGCUGCCGCUCUUCCAGCGCUCCGCCAAGGGGUUCCUGCCCGCCUGGGAGGAGGCCUCCGGCGGAGCUCACAGCAACGUCUGCUUCGACCUCCACUACUACCACUGCUUCGGCAACGACUGGAACGGCAAGACCUUCGCCCAGCAGCUGCGAGCGGUGCAGCACAACGCCCAGGAGCUGCGCGGCCUCCCCGCCGUCGUGGGGGAGUGGAGCCUGGCGCUGGGGCUGGCGGCCGAGCGGGGGCGCCUGCCCAAGGACCAGCUGCGCAGCAGGUUCGGCGCGGCCCAGCUCGAGGCCUACGAGUCUGCGUCGCACGGCUGGUUCUUCUGGAACUGGUGCGACGCCCAUGGCGCCGAGUGGAACUGGCAGCAGAGCUUCAAGGAGGGCUGGGUGUCCAGCUCCGUUCAGAAACUACCGCAGUUGGCUGCACGGAGGGCCUCGUGUCCAGCUCCCUUCGUGCCCAGCUCCCUUCAGAAGUUGCAGGGCGGGCCUCGCGCUCGGCUUCAGGAUCUGGCCGCAGAGCUGCAAGGAGGUUGCAGCCUUCCUUCUUGGGACGGCGUUGGCGAUGACCCACUCGAAGAGUAUACAGAUCCGUGGCCGGUGGACCCAACGGUUCGCUUUGGCGACGCGGUCUUCCUCAGAACUUACCACGGGCGCUACAUCGACCUGGGCGGCCCGAAGGAGUGCGCGAGCGCGAGGUGGGCCGACCGCGGGGUGUGGCAGCGCUUCACCGUCUGGCCCCCCGUCGACGGAGACGUGUUCGGUCUGCUCAGGAGGCGAACCGCCGUGCAGCACGGGGACGUGGUGCGGCUGCUGGCGCACACUGGCCAUUUCCUGGGCACCGACGGCGGCAAGGUCGCGGAGUGCCCUGACAUCUUCUCCGACGCCUCCGCGGAGUUCGUCGUGCACGUCGAGGGGUCUGGGGCGCUGCAGCACCGGCGCGCGGUGUUCCUGGAGAGCCGCGCCAACGCCUGCGUGGUGGACGUCGACGGCAACGGCUCGGCCCGGGACGUGAGCGCCCGCUGGAAGGACUUCGGCAAGUGGCAGCGCUUGGCCGUGGAGAAGGUCCUCGACACGGAGGACCCCGUGGCGAGAGCGAAAACCGCGGCAGCAGCAGAGGCAGCCAAGAACGCUGCUGCUCAAGCGGCAGCCCAGAGCGCGCCGACCUCGGCAGUGCCAGAACUGCCACAGAGCCGCAAGCGAAAGGCGCGCGCCGUCCGGUCCCCGUCGCCUUCGAAGGUCCGCCGAUCCGGUUCCCCAUCAUCUUUGGUCUCCGUCCCCUCGCAGCUCGGCCCUCUCCGGACCCCUGAGAAGCUGAGCCUGUGCCACCGCCGCCCCGCCGCCCAGCGCGCGGGGCGUGCUGCCCAGCACCGCCAGCCGCGUGCCUCCAGCUGUGCAGGACACUCGAGAAAGGUCGCCGCAAGGCGUGUUUCCAGCCGAGGCUGUUCCGUGCGCGGGCGGCGUGUACCGAUGGGUAACGCCUCCGGUGCCAUAAUACCGGUUUGGCAGUUCGCGGGUGCGUGAUGUCACCGCGUUGCCAGGCCUUGCUCUACUUCCUCUGUGGUGGCAUGUCGUGCCAACGCGUUUUCCACAGUUGUAGGUAUCGUGACUCAUCGCGGCCAAGGGGUGACAGGGAUGAGUGUUGGAGGACGGGUCUGUUGUCAGAGAUCGGUGCCAAGCUUUGCACGAUUCGUUGCGUUUUGUGGCAACGUAAUGGAGGCUCCCUAGGCUUUUCCCUCCAGCAAUGUUGGCCACCAUUCUUCAGAGAUGAGCACAUGGCACCGCAAAGCAAUGCCUUGGGCCAUGAUGCCAGCGACAGGGUCGGCGGUCGGACACACAGGUUUUCCACGCCCUCAAAUGUCUGCUUUGCGCCGUGCGCACGUUCAUUGCGUUUUCGACCACGAUGAGUUAGGUUUUACAGCUCUGUCUCGUGUGUUGGUAAUUCGAGCGGAUUUCGUCAGAGCUUGCCUCGCCCACAGAUCGGAGCCCCAGCGGGUUCGCCGGGCGGCUGCAUCGCAGCUUUUGCUCGCUCUCCAGCGUGUGCGCCUAAUGAUGCGAAGGCGUGUUUAGACACGUGUCGAGGCGGACCUCCGCUCGACGGCGGUUGCUCCGGGUCAAUGAUCAGGCAGAGCCUCUCUGGCCAGCUUUCCCCUCUUGGAGGAGG